GGCUCGGGGUAGCUGGUCACGCGUCGGGGGCGCGGCCUGCUCCAGGCCGAGGUGGUCCCCGCGGCGGCUGCUGAGGGAGUCCCUCGGAGCAGCGCCCGCAGCCGGGAAGAUGCUGGGCCCGAGUCUCUUCACCUGGGUCCUCCUGGCGGCGACUGUGACCUGCGCCCAGGCACAGCAAGUGCCGCCGUGGACAGAAGAUUGCAGAAAAUCAACUUAUCCUCCUUCUGGACCAACAUACAGAGGACCAGUUCCGUGGUAUACCAUAAAUCUUGAUUUACCACCCUACAAAAGAUGGCAAGAAUUAGCAGCUCACAAGGCACCAAUGGUGAGGACUAUAGUGAAUUCCCUCAAGAAUUUAGUAAAUGCAUUUGUGCCAAGUGGAAAAAUAAUGCAGAUGGUGGACCAAAAGUUGCCUGGUCUACUUGGCAAGAUGCCUGGCCCUUUUGAAGAUGAAAUGAAGGGAAUUGCAGAUGUUACUGGGAUUCCUUUAGGAGAGAUUAUUUCGUUCAACAUUUUCUAUGAAUUGUUCACCAUGUGUACAUCAAUAAUAACUGAAGACAAUAAAGGUCACUUACUACAUGGAAGAAACAUGGAUUUUGGAAUAUUUCUUGGGUGGAAUAUAAAUAAUAACACUUGGGUUGUUACGGAAGAAUUAAAGCCUUUAUCAGUGAACUUGGACUUCCAAAGAAACAAUAAGACUGUUUUCAAGGCUACAAGCUUUGUCGGCUAUGUGGGCAUGUUGACAGGAUUCAAACCAGGACUGUUUAGUCUUACACUAAAUGAACGUUUCAGUCUGAACGGUGGUUUUCUGGGUAUCCUAGAAUGGAUGUUGGGAAAAAAAGAUGCCGAAUGGGUGGGGUUUAUCACCAGAUCAGUUCUAGAAAAUAGUACAAGUUAUGAAGAAGCCAAGAACACACUGACCAAGACCAAGAUAAUGGCCCCAGCGUAUUUUAUCCUGGGAGGCAACCAGUCUGGAGAAGGCUGCGUGAUCACACGAGAGAGAAAAGGGUCUUUGGAUGUAUACGAACUCGAUCCUCAGCAUGGCAGAUGGUAUGUGGUCCAAACCAACUAUGACCGGUGGAAAAACACCUUGUUCCUUGAUGACCGCAGGACGCCUGCCAAGAUGUGUCUAAAUCGCACGACACAGAAGAAUCUCUCGUUUGCAACCAUAUAUGACGUCCUAUCAACGAAACCCGUCCUCAACAAGCUCACUGUAUUCACAACCUUGAUCGAUGUUGCCAAAGGUCAUUAUGAAAGCUACCUGCGGGACUGUCCAGACCCGUGUAUAGGCUGGUGAGCAGGCAUGGCCUACAGGACAGACUGAGGCCUGGAGACGUUUCCUCUGGCGUGUCUACUCUCCUGCCACAGGCCUGUUAUCUUUCCGUCAUGAGAUUGUCCUCACUGUGUCCACAGCUCACAGACUGUUUCUGUUGUUUUGAUGGCCACCACUGCUCUUUACGGGUAAAUUCUUUACGGGACGCACGCCAUGUAGAAUUUGCCACUUCAUUUCACUUUGACAUCAGGGAAGGGGUAACCCUGACCUCUAUGGAAUAUAUCAAGGUUCUUUGCUGGUGUUAAAUCCAGUGCCCUGUGUGAUUAAUGUAUGCGUUCAUUCACCUUUUCUUUUUGAUAAACAUGUUUAUAUUUGUCUAUCUACCAGUAUUUUUCUCCUGGUCCUCGAUUGAAAUCAGCAUGCCAUUCACCUUUGCUGUUAGUGACAGCAGUGUGAUUUCACUGUGCUUGGCUGGGGUUUCUGAGAUGGACAAUUGAUACUUAUUUUAAUAAAUAGACCUUUGAUUCUGGAAAUAGUAUUUGGGAUGGUUACAAAAUAAUUAUUAUAUAAACAGUGUUUUUUUUAAAGAAUAGAAGUGUUCUCUUUUUCCUAAUUAGUCUACCAGUAACCCCAGGAAGUUUCUAGCUUCAAAACCUUGAGUUCAAGAACUCAGCACAAACUCAUCAUUUUAAAUUCUUGUACGUAUAACCCAUUUAAUAGUUUUUUUCAUUUUUCCUUCUAAUCAACAUAUUUUUUUUUAACUUUUCAUACAAUAAAUAUAGUUAACAAUAUUUUUCAGAAAUCAAUCUAUUUAUAAAAAAUGCUAACAGAACUUACCUUUCUAACUUUCACAGUUGAUAGUGAAAUGUAUGCUGUUGGUGCCAGACGGUAGCCAUUUAAUUUUGUAUCAUGUCGGUUGUUGUAUCACGAUGCUCAAUAAACAGUGGCUGGCCGUCAGGUCAGCACUCAUGCAUGCUGA